AUGUCUCGACUCUCAUCCCUCCUCGUCGCGGCUUCCCUGGUCUUGAGCACCGCAGCCUCGCCCACUAUGCACGUCUACAAAAACUGCUCCCCCUCUCAACAAACCUACAUCGCCGACCGACUUGAGGCGGCCAUGGCGGUCAUGGAACCAGUGGCCCGAGCUCGCAACCGUCCCGACGACAAGCUCGAGGCGCAGCACGGUGGCAUCCUCACCCAGGCAGAGAAGGACGCAGUGACUGAUGUCUACGCCCGCGCCUUCCACAAUCCACCAACUCUGGUGUUCACUUGUCCGAAACGAGGCUCGGAACUUGAGAAGAUCUGCGAAGCAUCCCUUGGCCCAGAAGACGUCGGAGAGAAAACUGGCGUAUCCUUCAUGGUGAGAGAGGGCAACGAGCUUGUCCUGUGUCCUGCUCCGGAAGUAGGCAUCGACCUGGCCACUAUCAAUGAGGUCGCGAUCGUUGCCGCCAUUGUCACGGCGACGCUCGAGGAGCAGUAG